AUGACAUCACGACAUCAUCUUACUUUGCAGCAAAAAAUUGAAUUAAUAAAUGAUAAUAAGGAUGGUAAAGGGUUAUCUCAACGUAAAUUAGCUGCAAAAUAUAAUAUUUCACUUGGUUCCGUAUCAAAUGUAUUAAAACGUAAAACAGAAUAUUUACAUGAUUAUGAAACAAAUCAGAAUCAACACGCUAAGCGAAAAUUAAUGGAUGUUAAUGCACAAAAACUCGACGAGCAAAUGUAUAAUGCUAUGCCUGAUAAAUCAUUAACGUUAAAUAAAGAAGAAUGUAAAGGUGGUAAAAAAUCAAAAGAACGUUAUACUAUUUUAUUAUGUGGUAAUUCAACUGAUGAGAAGAAAUUAAAACCACUUGUAAUUGGUAAAAGUUUAAAACCACGAUGUUUUAAAAAUUUAAAUGUUAAUAAAUUUCCAAUAGAUUGGCGGGCAAAUAAUACAGCAGGGAUGAAUGUUAAGUUGUUUAGUGAGUGGUUAUCGAGUUUAAAUGUAUCGAUGAAAAAACAAAAACGAAAAAUAAUAUUAUUUAUUGAUAAUGCACCAUGUCAUCCUGUUGAUAUUAAAUUAUCAAAUAUAAAAUUACAAUAUUUUCCGCCAAAUACUACAUCUAAACUUCAACCAUUACAUCAAGAUGUUAUACACACAUUUAAAACACAUUAUCGUAAAUAUUUAGUUAAAUAUAUAAUAGCACGUUGUACAAUAGCUCAAACGUCAAACGAUAUUAAAAUUACACCUUUAGAUGCUAUUUAUUGGAUAGAUGCAGCAUGGAAAGCUGUUACAGAUACAACAAUACGAAAUACAUUUCGUGCAACUGGUUUUACAGAUAUACAACAUAAUGAUACAACAGUAGCAACAUCUGAUGAUCCAGCAAUAUCACCAACAGGUAAUACAGAACCAAUAGAUGAUGAACAAUAUAAUAAUUUAAAAAUAUUAAAUGAUUUAUUACUACAUAUCACCAGUAGUGGUCAAACAAUGAAUGCAGCUGAUUUUGUUGAUAUAGAUAAUGAUACACCUGUAUUUAAUGAAUGGUUUGAUACCUGUGAACAGCUUCUAGCUUGUGACAUAUCAGAAAACUGUAAAGCAUCUUCUACAAGAUUAAGAUAA